AUGACGUCCGAGAGUGUUAGGUCGGUCCAAGAGGGCUCCGACUUCCACGGUACGGUUAUGUCAGGACGCGACAGCCACGUGGGUAAUCACUUUCACCAGCAUACCUAUUAUGAGGAGCAACCACAAUCUUCCACGAAGCAAGACGAGGCAGACCUCAGAUCUCUUCGUGUAAUCGAUCCUCAGAAUGUCCCAAAAACAAUUGAAAACCGCACUGAGCCAUUGUUUCGCGAGGCGUCAAGCUGGAUUCUCGAUCCUAAAAAGUGCCCUGCAUUUGCCAGCUGGAAAGAUGGCAAAUACAGCCUCCCAUCGUGUCGGCUGCUGUGGAUUAGUGGACAGCCGGGAACUGGAAAGACAAUGCUUAUGAUUACGAUUGUCCGAGACCUCGAGAAUGAGAAUAAGAAUUUCUCAUCGUCUCGAACCCUAUCAUACUUUUUCUGCCAAAAGAAGGAGAAGGGUCUCGCCAAUGGAAGAGCAAUUCUGAGAUCAUUAAUCUGGAUGUUGCUCAAACAACAACCGGGACUUAUGCGCCAUCUACGAAAAAAGAUAAAAGAGUCUGGGCAAGACCUUUAUGAUGACAGCAACGCCUUCACUGCACUAUCCGCUGUCUUCUUGGACAUGCUAAAAGAUCCUAUCUUGUCACCUGUUUACUUCAUUGUGGAUGCUAUCGAUGAGUGCGACAUGGAGACGAUGAGUCUGAAAAUCCUCUUUGAACUUAUCAAGGAGUCACUAGAAGCUUCUGUCAAGGUCAACUGGCUGGUGAGUAGCCGUCCAGAGGAUGCAGCCAAAGCUCGGAACUGGAGAAUUGCAAACACCCUGAUAGACUUGGAUGCGCAAACAUUGCAGGCUCCUGUUGCAGCAUAUAUUGCCCACAAGCUCCAAACGCUCGAAGGACAGCCAGGAUACACUGGACUUCGCUUGAAGGAGAUCUCGGACGAGAUCCACCAACGGGCAAGUAACGUAUUCUUGUGGGUGUCUGUUGUCCUGAGAGCUCUUCAUUCACAGAGUGGAUGGACUGCGAUGAAGACGCUCAAGACCUUUCCCUCCGAGCUAUCAGAUCUAUUUGACAGUAUGAUGACUAGGCUCGAACAUGGGACUGAGAACUUGGGUUUCUGCCUAAGUGUCCUUGCCAAUGUCUUCCUCGCCUACAGCCCACUCACGCUCAAAGAGCUUACAGUUCUGGCUGAUUUUGAGUCAACUGAUAUGACAAAAUAUAUGGUUACUCUCUGCAGCUCCUUUUUGACAAUUGACGGCGAAACCGUUUCACUGCUUCAUGAAUCUGUCAGAGAGUAUUUGGAGUCGAACUAUGAGCGAAAACUUGGGCAGGGACAGGUAGUCCAAGGUCACGCAACGAUCUACAGACGCUCAAUCCAUGCAAUGUCACAGUUGAAGGAAAACAUGUACGGAACUACAGACCUCGGAUAUAAUCCAUACAGUUCGCCACCUUGCCACGCCAACCAAUUGCCUUGCAUACCAUAUGCCUGUCUCUUCUGGAUCGACCAUCUAUACAAAAGUCAGAGGCGGGAUCUUGAGGAGGAGCUGGCUGACAAUGGAACGGUUAUUUGCUUUUUGAAACUGCACCUCCUCCACUGGCUAGAAGCUUUGAGCCUCAUUGGCAGAUCCUAUGACAGCAUGGGCCUGCUACAGAGAUUGACAGACGUUACUCCGGAGUCUACGUGUUACAACUUAUCCAGCUUCGUAGCCGAAGCUAUCCGAUUCGUUGUCAAGAAUGGUCGUACAAUUGCUACUGCUCCAUUGCAAAUUUACUCUUCAGCCAUCGUCUUCUCCCCUAAGCAAAGUCAAAUACGCAACACAUUCCUCCAUCAAAUCCCCCGAUGGGUCCUUGUCCAGCCCCAGACAGAUGAUAACUGGAGCUCACACUCUCAUGUUUUGAGCGAUUUGAAAUGCGAAAUCGAUUCACUGGUCUUUUCACCGAACUCAAAGCUCUUAGCGGCUCAGUCGCAGACAACAAUGACUCUGGCUGUCUGGCAACUUGAAACUGGGAGAUGUUUGCAUCUCCUCCAUGACGAAGGGAAUAAAACCUAUAACCACGCUUUUCCAACUCGUUUUCCGUUGGUAUUCUCUGCUGAUUCUGCGACAUUGAUCUUUUCUUCAGUCGAAUCCGUCCAAAUCUGGGGGGUUGAAACAGGCGAAGUCCUCAGAGAGAUAGACCAUUCCUAUACUUUUGUUUAUUCAACAGCAUAUUCAAACCAGGGCCUUAUCGCUUGUUAUGUCGAUGAUGGUGGAAUUGACAUUUGGGACGCCAAUACAGCAUUGCUCCAUUCGAAACUCGACGGUUACACAGGGAAGAAGAAUACCGGUAUUACUCAAGUGCGAGAGACAAAUCAAAAGGCGACAUCAGGUUCACUGGCCUUCUCACCCGACGAACGAUACUUAGCCUUAAUGCUGGGCGACAAGUCGGUGCGAAUUUGGUGCACCGAGAGCUGGGCCAGCACAACCGAGUUCAGUCCACCAGACAACGACAAGAUAUACUCAACAUGCUUCGGAACUGACUCGAAAUGGAUUGCUCUGGCUACUUUCAACAGUAUCAGAAUACAUUCCACAGAUACGGGAGCCUUGGUCCAACGUAUAUCCACCCCACAGGCUUGCAUGACCUUGAUCGCUUAUCCAGGCUCAGUAUUGGUUUCCUUUGGCACUCAAAACAAAGGUCUAUGGGUGUGGCAAGCCAUGACCGGCGAUUUGAAGAUCAAGCUUCCAUCUGACGAAGAUGACUGGUCUCGCCACCAUAGCGUAGUGUCUUUUGGCUCAUCGAAUCAUGCAAGACUUGCGGUCUGGGGAACCAGUCAAUCACUCAGGAUUUGGGACCUUGAUAGAGGAUGCUAUGUGAGAGAGCUUGUUAGAAGCAGAGCUAUGAUAAAUAUCGUGGCUAUAUCACCCGAUCAAAGGUGGAUAGCUUCUGUUGAUUACAGGUAUCAGGUGAGAGUAUGGGAUACAAAGCUCGCCAUCGAUUCUCCACAGUCAGGAUACAAACCUGGAGAGGUCAUGAAAAGAUAUUUGUCAUCAGACUCGAGCCUUAUUGCAUCUCAGCUGCAUGGCGGCGGGAAGACGACCUGGACAAUUUGGGAAACUGGAGUUAAUCAGAGCCAGUUCGAAUUUGUUGUCAAUCGUGGGCCACAAGUUGCCAUCUUUUCACCAGACAACAAGUAUGUUCUACUCUUUGGAAAUGGCCUAUUAAUCUGGAGCAUUAAGGACCGAAAACUACUAUUCGAUGUUCUUGAUCACGAAUGGCGUUAUCACACUACUGUGGCAUUUUCACCAAAUUCCGAACGAUUCGCAUGUUCGAAAAAAGGCCUUCUAGCGAUCUGGCAGAUAUCGCUAGGGAAAACACCUAUCUGGAUACACCGAUUUCAGAAUGCAGAGCUCAUGAAUUGGCCGUUGAGCUUCUCAUCUGACUCCAGGCGGUUGUUGUCUGGAAGGGGCACCGAGGUUCACGUUUGGAACGUCGACAAUGGCCGGCACAUAUCAUGCUUCAAUACUGAAUCAGCAGAUACAGAGCGACAGAGCAGGUUGAAGUCACUUGCUUCUACAAACGAGCCAGGAACCGUCGCCUUGGGAUGGUCCGAUGGAACGGUUGAAUUUCGAAGUUAUCUUACUGGCGAUUGUUUAAGAGCAAUUCAAUUCAACCACAUUCCUAAUUACCUGUCAGUUGAAAGCCUUGGCACACAUAUUUGCACAGAAAGAGGAGUGUUUUCAACUGGCAUAUCUACGCCAGGUCAGGUUCAGCCUAGUCAAUCAAUCGCAAUAGGCAUCAACCUAGAUCGAGAUUGGAUUAAAUGGGGGAGUCAUCGGCUUCUUCAAAUCCCAACUGAGAUGAAUGAUUUGAGAGAUAACGAAGUACGGGGCUCAUGGGUUAUUCUCCGCGCCACAUCUGGCGGGGCACAGUACAUUAAAUUUGACAUUAAGGAACUGGCUAGAGUGCAUGGAACUGGUCUGUAA